CUCCCGGCCGCCGCUGCAGGUUUCGCGUCGCCCAUCGCCGCCGCCGCCGCACGACCGCCCCACCACCAUCACCACCAUCCUCGCUCUCUCUCUCGCACGUCGUAGCAGAGGGACACACACACGAACACCGACAACGCAGCGACGUCUUUCACGAAGGGGGGGAGACCAGAGGCGCUCGCGGGGACGGCGUAGCGCUUGUGGUGGUGAAUUCCACGUGAAAAGAGGAGUGCCCGCGAGAAUUCUCUGAGCCCAGCCCAGUGCAGCUCGGCCACUCGCUCGUCCUCCCGCUUCAUCACCCUUGCCACCCGACAACCGCCAUGGCAAGCCAGCAGCGUCAAAGGUCCAUGUCCACAUCCGGGGAGGCCCUGUACAUCGUACUGGGUCUGCAGAAAGGAGCCACAGCCGAUGAGAUCAAGAAAUCCUACAGGAAGCUGGCGCUGAAGUACCACCCUGACAAGAACCCGGACAACCCCGAGGCCGUCGAGAAGUUCAAGGAGAUAAACAAUGCCAAUGGCAUCCUGUCCGACCUGAAAAAGCGCAACAUCUACGACCAGUACGGCUCGCUGGGCCUGUACGUGGCGGAGCAGUUCGGGGAGGACAAUGUUCACACCUACUUCAUGUUCUCCAGCUGGUGGGCCAAGUCCCUCUUCCUGUUCUGUGGCGCCAUCACGGCGUGUUACUGCUGCUGCUGCCUGUGCUGCUGCUGCAACUGCUGCUGCGGUCGCUGCAAGCCGCGUGUGCCGGAGGAGUCCGACUACGCGCACGUCAACCCCGAAGACCUGGAGGCCGACGACGUGGCUGACGGUGACACUGAAAUUAUAACAAAGCAGCCGGGCGGCGCCGUACAGUGCUAGACGCCAGCAAGGAGACGCCCGUUGUGGUGCAGCCAUCUUCAGCCUCUGAGACAACGCAACUGAACACCGACUACAAGCCUCGCUACACCGACGACCCGUUCAACUAAGCUCGCGGGAGCCAGUUUGAAGCUGCGGCUGUGGUGGUCGGGUGGGGAGAGGGUGGGUAGGAAAGGAAUGGGGGGGGGAUAGGUGUAUGGGCUCGUGUGCAUGCAAAGGCCAGUUCUAAACUCGGCGAUGUGUGACGGCAUCGGCUAAAACCCGCCCGUAGAUCGCUCGCUCGUACCGUGUGUUAAAUAGGGAUUCAUCUGGCACGACAUGGACGCGUAUUGAACAGCGUCACCAAUCUCGCACACACACACAUGUAUGUGCGAUCGGUGUAAAGGUCACCAUCGCAUGGGGAUGUCUGUCUGACUGGCGAUCCACCGUGCGGUGCGCAGGCACGCGGUGCGAACAGUGUAGUUUCACUCGGUGCCACUGCCGUCAUGAAUCGCCCCGGUGUGGGAGCAGCCUUACGAACUCGGGGGGGGGGGGGGGGAAGGGGGGCAACAGUCGUGACACAGGAAUUUGUUGCGUCGUGCGAGCGACGAAUGUGUAUUGUGCAAAACUCUAUGAAAGCAUCUUUGUGGGCUCUACGAUGUGAAUAAUGAUGUACGUCGAUACCAGGUGGUUCAAGCCGUGUGAUUUUUGAUUUACGUUUUCUUUUAUAUAUAAUGUUUUGUUUGGUUGCGGUCUUUAAUUUACUGUGUUGGAGUGAUCCGUGUUUGUGUGGGUGUGCGAUUUUUUGUUUGCUUUUUUAGUGACCGUCAAACUUGUGAAUCUGUAACACCGAUCCUUGCGAACUUUUAAUUUGUCUAAAAGAAAAAAGAAAAUCCAAACAGGACGUAUAUAUAUGAGCAUGAUGUGCUUAUUUUUUCUGGCAUUGUAUUGUGUGCAGAAGAUGUUCUACAGUGAAGAUGUUCUACAGUGAAUAUAUUGGCAUCGACUCGUUCACGCAAACAUUAAUCCACUCAAGCAAGUGACGUGCGCUUGUGUGUCGUGGGUUUCGUGUAACCCCAGCAAUGGAAUCCAGUCAUCAUUGCCACCCUUCCAUGUGCUGGUUUCAGUCCCUUCCUAUGACACGACAUAAUUAAUAAUUUACUAUUUAUUCGGCACGAUUGGUUUAAUCAGCUUUUGCGCUUACACCACGCAGUGCGACAGACUAUUCGAGACUAUUCGUUAAGGGAUCAAAUACUUUGGAUUUGUACAUAUAAAGUAAGCUUCCCCCCCCUCCCCUCAAAGCCAUUGGUUGGAACUAAAUGGAACAUAUGAGAUGGCACAAACAAGGCAGUACAGACGAGACGGUGCGGACCAGUACAAACAAGGCAACAAAAUCAGAUCUUGAAUGAAACAGUCACCCCGAGUUUUGACAAUUCAUUGCGGCGUGGUGGCUGGUCGAUUGUUUCUUUGCCCAGUGCUUGAUCAGCAAAGUCUCCCCGAGAGUUCUGCUAUCGAAAUGUCUGGACAAUUAUUUUGUCCGUAAGAAUUUACCUGCAGGGGCAAUAACAUUGCUUAAAAGCUCGUACAUGAAGUAGGUCUCCCAAAGGCUUAUCCGUGCUGGAUUGUGUGUGUUUUACCUUUGCGUACCUGUGGGGGUUUCAACUGCAAUUGCACUGAUACUUAUAACGCAUUAAUUGGUUAAACAUCACAGGCAAUUCACCUUGAAACUCAAUGAGGUUUUUCUGGUCAAAGACAAAAUAUCUUUUUCAAAAACAAUCAAAAACCUGAGCAGGCAUCUUCCUCAUGGGCAGAUAAGUGGUGAUCAAAAAGUCCAUCUCAUAUCCGAGAAGUGGUACAACAACAAAGGUCAGAUGUUUAGUUCACACACCAGACCUGGUCCCCAGUGCCGUCCACAUGUCUCCACAGUGAAGUAAUCAUCAUGGGACCUCCUUUGCCAGUCCCAAAAUAUGAGAAGAGGGUUUUCCCUUUUUUGUGGCAACAAAACAGCUGUGUUAAGAUGUUAAAACACCAAACUGAAACCUUUUACAAGGAAUCAUGUCUGCAUUAACCACUGCUUGUGGUCAGAAUGCAAACCAAAAACUCUGAUAAUAUAUGCAUUGCCUUUGAAUAUAUCAGUGUUUUUUGUGCAAACAAAAAAACUCAUAUUAUCAGUGUUUUUGUUUGCAUUCUGACCACAAGUAUUGUGGUUAAUGUAGACAUGAUCCUUGUUAAAGGUUUCAGUUUGGUGUUUUAACAUAACACCUGUUUUGUGGCCAGAAAAAUGGGGGAAAACUAUUGUGAAAUAAUCACUUCUUGGGAAAAGCAACGAUGUCGUGACAAGCGACAUGUGGUAAGUGUUUGCGAGCGAAACAUAGGGUUCUCCUGGGUGGCGAUUAAAGUCUUUGUACAUUGACGAUGAGUGAGUCAGUGCACGACACUUAAGUGGGACCAUGUAGAGAAAUGGCAGUGCCCCCAUCAAGACCAUCUAUUCCUCAAUCUGUCAGGACACAGACAUUUUCAUCGCCCCAUUGUAUGUAAUUCUUAGUUGGGCAGGGACUUCUUUAGACCAAUGGUUAUGAAUAAAAUACCCAAAACAUUGUGCUGGCCUGGGGCCACGUGUGACCUAAUCAAAUUAGGAGCGUGGCAGGUGUGAUUACAGGGCUUGGCAAUGUGCGUGCAUCUUCUGAUCGUGUUGGACUUCCUCGGUCGUGCGUUGGUCAUCGCCGUACAUCUGGAAACGUCUUCACAAUGGCAGUUGAUGGUUUUGGCUCAAAAAUUUCCAAAGAUUGUUUUGUUGUCGUGGAUGUUCCAGUGGUUGGUUGUUUGGUGGCGAGAUUGCUUUCUUUCUGGCUGGUUACCUUGGCAGGAUCGUGUAAUGUCUGGAUGGAUACAUGGCUGGCUUGCUCACUGCGUAACUAAUUGUUUGAUUUCGGUUGUAAAUUAUUGUUGUUCUGGCUGUCUGGUCGGCUGCAUGGUGAAUAGGCUAACUUGCUCGCUGAUUGGCUCAAUGCUUCGGUGAGUUAUAUGGUCAGCUGGCUGGGUUCCCUGGAUGGCUGGCCAAGUGGCUGGUUGGUUGGCUGGGUGGCUGGCUAGCCUAGUGGCUUGUUUGGUUGACUAGCUCGUUGGGUGGGUGGCUGGCUGGUUAAACGGAUUGUCGACGAACUAGCUUGCUGAUUGCUUUGCUGAAUGAUUAGCUGGUUGACUUUAGGUGGAUGCUUAGAAGGCUGGCUUUACUGGGUGGCUGGAUGGUUGACGCGUUCUCUCACUGGUUCGUUGGUUGAGUGGCUGAUGGGAUGAUUCUCUUGCUCGCCGUCUGCUUUACUGGUUGCUUGGCAGGUUUCAUCGAAACCACAUUUAUGCUCAUCUGCCCUCGUGCGGUAGCGAUUAGAGAUGUGCAUGCGUGGCCCCUAGGGUUUGUAGGGAAUGGCUUUAACAAAUGACGCACAUUUGGCGCUGUCACAUGUAUUCCAACCGAUUAUAUCCUCCCAACAGCGCAGCAAUCAAAUUCGACGAUGUUAUUUUCUAGUGUGUACAUGAGUACAUUUUAAAUGCACGUGACAAUUUACAGAACCUCUUUUUAGUGGCCGAGUACUCUGCAGAGACGCCACCAUGGACUGCACUUUCCACCCCCCUGGCAUGCAAUGGAAUUUUCCAAAUGCAUUUCCCUGUGUAUUUAUGCGCUGAAGUACUGUAGUUCUAGAAUUGGAAUGUUCCGUUCUGACUGAGGUGGAAUCGAUGUACUGUAGUGAGAAAUAAUACAUUAUGAAAAUAAAGUAUCUUUUGUAUUUAAAUGUAUAUUAAAAUAAUUCAAUGUGUGGGUCAUGGCUCGAAAUUGGUUGCAUUUAGCCAUGGGGUUAGGGAAUUAAGGCCAGGCGUUGUUUAGAGUUAGUAAUGGGUUGAUUACUAAUCGGGGUUAUAGUUAUUAAUCCGUUAUUCGAGAUCGCAUCGGAUUAGGGUUCAUCACAGGUUAACUCGAGACUUGGGUUUAGAAAUGAGUGCGAGGCGUGAGUUAGGAUUUGGAGAAGUCAUCCGUUAGGCGUUAAGUUAAGAGUAGGGUAGGGUCAACUGUGUAUUCGUGUUUAGUCCUUGCUAAAUUGUUCUAUAAUCUCAUUAUUCGGGAGUGUCCAUGUGAAGAGUCGUCAAGGCAAACAUGGCGCUCACUAUUUAAUGUGUUUUGAGAAGUGUGCUGGAAUAAACAUCUCGGUGCAUUUGGUUGUUGGCCGUAAACACGUGUAUAGGAUGCGGUCCCACCUUUCGAAGGUGAACCCAUUGUUGUUUUGCCAGUCGUGAUUACGUGGAUAUCAAAAGGGGUUCUGUACAAUCUAGCCUGGUUCAUUGCUCGGGUUGAGGGGGGGGGGGGCUCAUUAAGCGAACGUUUGAAUUUGUACCGUCAAGUGCAACCGGCUGUGCUUGAAGAGCAGCUGACUGGUGUGGCAGAACGUAGCUCCGAGAACCGGCGGCGAUUCAUGAACUGGCUAAAAUCGGGGGCGCGGUGGUGUUUGUGGGGGGCGGGUGCGCAACCCACAACACCCUGGGUGUCGAACUCCUGACGGAGUGAGAUGAACCCGAAAGGGCGCUCAUGUUGUCUGUCAAGGCAAAACGAAACAAAAAGCGGACGAAAAAAAUCAAAAGGUCGUGCAGUAAUGGACGGUGGAGUGAAGGCGGAUGGCCAGUUGCCGGGGUGAAAAGUGGGCGAGGUUUUGCCAAAUCUUGGCCAGCUGGCUCGAAAAGUUCAUAAAUAGUGGUGGAGCAACCAGCCAGGCACCAGCCAUACCCAUCGCCCUAACCACGCUUACCAACUAAGCUCCAGAGUCUAGCCCGACUCGCUAAAAUAUCCAGCCAGACCCUAACCUUACUUCUAACCUCACCUAAUUCGCCAGACCAUAGCCCGAACUAAAGUGACAUGUCCCCCCUUGUCCUAACCCUCGCCACAGGUAACCCUAAACAAACGAACCAACCCCCCUAAACGUGAACAAGCUGAUCCCCAACCAACCCGUCCCCCUGACUGCCAACCUCAUAACCCAAGGCCCACGCCUGAUGAGUCAACCGGCGCCCCCCUCCCCACCCCACCCCAUUUAGCUUUCCGAUCACUUCCCUUUGUGGUGUCGACACUGCCAAGUUGUUUCCUGCUGCUCGUGACGUGAGUGUAUUUGAGUUUGGAUCCAGUCCACGUGUGCAAUGAUGAUUCGAGGUCGUGAUGUCGGCUUUGAGCAGUACGUGUCACGAUUUUACUCGGACUCUUAAUAGUGUAACGAUGCAUCCGUUCGUCGAUUUAAUAUCGACAUUUCUCGCUCCGUCGUACAUGCAUUGGAUGUUGUUCGAUUUGCAUACGUUAAAUUGGGCUGCGGUGCGUUCACGUAACCUCCAGCCACGGGAUGCCGCUCCGUUCAACAAUGUGAAGGGUAUAAACAAAUUCGACUAUCGAGUGAAGAGCGAAUCGUUACACCGCUAACGCUCGUUCAUGUAAGCGAUUGUAUGCUCACAAAGCGAACAUAGAACUUGAUCACGUUGUUUGUACAUUAGCUUGCAGCAUUCUAAUUAUUAUCGUUGUUAUUUUUAAUGAAGAUGCAACCCGCCCCCCCCCCCCUACGUUGAAUAAAGUUCCCAUGAUGACUUC